AUGGGUAUGAAUUGUAACAGAGUAGAACACUUUGAAGAAUCCACCAUGAAAAUCCAAACUGAAAUUCCAAUUCAUCAAGUUCGUUUACCACCGCAACGAACUUCACUCAACAAACUCAAACAACGUCUCUCUGAAAUCUUCUUCCCUGAUGAUCCUUUGCACCGUUUCAAAAACCAACCAUCUUUCACCAAGUUUCUUCUCACUCUUCAAUUCUUGUUCCCCAUUUUCCAAUGGGGCUCCAACUAUAAUCUCAAACUCCUCCGCUCCGAUAUCAUCUCCGGCCUCACCAUUGCCAGCCUCUCCAUUCCUCAGGGGAUAAGUUAUGCGAAAUUAGCAAACUUGCCGCCUAUUAUUGGAUUAUAUUCAAGUUUUGUGCCACCAUUGAUAUAUGCUUUACUUGGAAGUUCAAGACAUGUUGGUGUUGGACCAGUUUCAAUUGCAUCAUUGGUUAUGGGAUCAAUGUUGAGUGAAAGUGUUUCUUUCACUAAAGAUCCUACUCUUUAUCUUCAAUUGGCUUUCACUGCAACUUUUGUUGCUGGGUUAUUCCAAGCUUCACUUGGCAUAUUAAGGUUGGGUUUUGUAAUUGAUUUUCUAUCAAAGGCUACAUUGGUUGGUUUCAUGGCUGGUGCUGCUAUCAUUGUUUCAUUACAACAGUUGAAAGGGUUACUUGGAAUUGUGCAUUUUACUAACAAGAUGCAAAUUAUUCCUGUUUUGCUCUCUGUUUACAACCAAAAGAAUGAGUGGUCAUGGCAAACUAUUGUUAUGGGAUUUGGUUUCUUGGCUUUCCUUCUCACAACAAGACACAUUAGUUUGAGGAAACCAAAACUCUUCUGGGCUUCAGCAGCUGCUCCUUUAACAUCAGUUAUUCUGUCAACCAUUUUAGUCUUUCUUCUCAGAAAUAAAACUCAUCAAAUUUCAGUGAUUGGACACUUAACAAAGGGUGUUAAUCCACCAUCAGUAAACCUGUUAUACUUCAAUGGUCCUUACUUGGCUCUUGCUAUCAAAACAGGCAUUGUCACUGGGAUUCUAUCUCUCACUGAAGGAAUUGCGGUAGGUAGAACAUUUGCAGCACUUAAGAAUUACCAAGUGGAUGGAAACAAAGAAAUGAUGGCUAUUGGUAUAAUGAACAUAGCCGGUUCUUGUACUUCAUGCUAUGUCACAACAGGAUCGUUUUCUCGAACGGCUGUUAACUACAAUGCUGGAGCACAGACUGCGGUUUCUAAUAUAAUCAUGGCUUCAGCUGUUCUAGUGACCCUUUUGUUUCUCAUGCCGCUCUUUUACUAUACGCCAAACGUUGUCUUAGCGACCAUCAUCAUCGCUGCGGUGAUUGGUCUGAUAGACUACCAAGCCGCACAUAAACUGUGGAAGGUUGACAAACUUGAUUUCUUGGCCUGCGUGUGCUCCUUUUUCGGUGUUCUCUUCCUUUCUGUGCCUUUAGGCCUCAGUAUCGCGGUUGCGAUAUCGGUCUUUAAGAUCCUACUUCAUGUCUCUAGACCAAACACUUUGGUUUUGGGGAACAUACCAGGAACACAAAUAUUCCAUAACAUAAACCAAUAUAAAGAAGCUUUAAGAGUUCCUUCGUUUCUCAUUUUGGCUGUUGAGUCUCCAAUCUAUUUCGCGAAUUCAACUUACCUUCGCGAGAGGAUACUAAGAUGGGUUCGAGAAGAGGAAGAUCGUGUAAAAGAAAAUAACGGAAAUGCAUUGAAGUGCAUAAUUUUAGACAUGACAGCUGUCACAGCAAUAGACACGAGUGGACUUGAAACUUUAGGUGAACUUAGAAAGAUGCUGGAAAAGAGAUCACUUCAGUUUGUGUUGGUAAAUCCUGUUGGAAACGUGAUGGAAAAAUUGCAUAUGUCGAAGAUUUUGGAUACCUUUGGAUUUAAAGGACUAUAUCUCACAGUAGGAGAAGCUUUGGCUGAUAUUUCGACAUCAGAGAAAGAGAAAGCUGAACCUUGA